AGAUUCAUGUAAUCUUGAACAUCCACUCCGAUCGAUGAGAAAACAGCCGAAGACCGACUUCGUUCAUCGUGCCCUGAGAGAGAGAAGCUGAAAGAUCUAUCUCCCGUUCUCCUCAUUGGUCCGGAAUGCGCAAGUCAGAAUGUCCGGCCUGGCAUCGCUCACCGCGCACUAUACUGACUCGGACGACGAUGAAUCACCUCCAUCAGUCAGCCAUGGAGCGCGGCACGCGCUCGAGAGAGAUAUGCGGCGAGCUCUGAAAGCCCCGCCGGUGGCACAGCACCGCUCCCGUAAUCAUAAUCGGGUGGAAAUUACUCCGAACGGCUCCACGGGGCCCCUGGUCGCCUACGACGGCCCUGAUUCUGACGGAGAUCACAGCGAUGUGAAGAAAUACGAUGCUUCGGACGAGGAAGCGCACCCGGAUCUAGUCACCGAGCCAAUGGAUAUCGAGAAAGACCGAAUCCCCCCCGUCGGAGCUGCUCAACCCCGACCGCAUUCCCCCCGGACCCACCAUCGGCUCUUGCGGGAUCGAGGGCCGCCCGUACAGCUUCCCCCCGAGCCGACGACGAGAUGUAACGAUGAGCUACAGAAACGUAUAUCAGAGCUCUACAAUAGGAGCAAGAUCGGGGACGACCAUCUUGAGAGAAUCCAGCGGAAGAAAACGUUCAGAAACCCGUCGAUUUACGAGAAACUUCUCGUGCAUUGUGACGUCGACGAGCUGGGGAGCAAUUUCCCCUCCGAAGUCUUCGACCCUCACGCGUUUCGGAAAGAGGACUAUUACGAUGAACUCUCGCGAAGGCAAACCGAAGCGAUGCAUAGACUGGAGAAGGAGAGGAAGAAACCCGACCAGUCGAGCUCUACGAAAACAGCCAUAAAGAAGUCGAAGUGGGAUCAGGGCGGACUCGCAGCCUCCAAUACAAGAGGUGUGGCCGCUCCAGGCUUGGUCACCAUGCCGACGGGCGCGAAACCAGUCGUCAUCAGUAGACUAGGCUCUCUGCCUAAACCAAAAAACCAUGUGACUCAUGUGGGAACUUCUAUUGCCAGUCGACGGUAGCCUCCGAAUUAUUGUUGCCUGUAUAUGAUCUCUGAAUAAAUCUCUUCCCCAA